CCUUGACAUUUUUGUCGAGUCUUCUCUACGUCGGCAGAUCCUCAUCACUCAGUGCAUCGGCCAUGACUGCAACAUGAUGUCGGCAACGCUAUGCCCUCCAUUUCGUCACCCGCGACCCUCGCUAUGGCCUUCAGAAUGGCAUUGAGGCCAAGGCUUGGUGGCUUGGUCACAAAGGCUGCUCGUCAGCCUGCCAUCAUCUCGCCAUGCGGACCCCGCCACCAGCAUACAUUGCCAGAUUGGCGUCCUCUGCCAAAGCCAGGUGACAAAGUCUUCCUUGCUAUGUCCGGUGGAGUCGACUCCUCAGUCACCGCCCUCCUCCUCACCAAGCUCUCAGACCAAUACACCACCAGCUCCCUCCGACCACUCACGCUCCUCCCAAUCUACAUGCGCAACUGGUCUACUCUCGAAGAAUCAGACCGCUUCGAGCCGGGCAGCGGCGGUGCUGCAGGUUGCGAGUGGCAGCGAGAGUGGGAGAGCGUACAAGACGUUUGUCGUGCUCUGCAGUUGGAGAAGGAGCCUCAACUUGUCGAUUUGUCGAGGGAGUACUGGGCGAGCGUAUUUGAGCCCAGCUUGGAUGUAUGGCAGAGAGGAAAUACGCCUAAUCCGGACGUUCUCUGCAAUCGAGAGAUCAAAUUUGGGGCGUUGGUAAGGAGGUUGAUUGGAAGUGAACAGGGUCGAGAGGGAGGAGAAGAGCUGGAGGUGGGCGCUUCGAGGGCAUCGCCCCAAACAUGGAUCGCUACAGGCCACUACGCUCGUGUGGCUCACGACGCCUCGACAGGAGAGACACAACUACAUCGCGCCAGGCAUCGAGGCAAGGACCAAUCUUACUUCCUCUCCUCCGUCCCCUCUACGGCCCUGUCGCGCGCUCUCUUCCCUCUGGCAGGCUUGACAAAGCCAGAAGUGCGCGACUUGGCAAAAAGGUACGGUCUACCGACGGCUGCCAAGAAGGAGAGCAUGGGACUCUGCUUUGUUGGCAAGAGGGCGACGCGGGUCCCAGCUGUGGUCGACGAUGGUGGCCCGUCGUCCCUGGUCGGCCCUCCGUCAGCAGCCGUACAUCCCUCUCUCACCUCGGCGGCGCCUACAUUCGGGGGUUGGCUCAGCGGGUACCUCCCGCCGUCGACACCCUACACACGACCAGGACCCAUUCUCGCUGCGGCUGACGGUGCCUCCUCGCUUACACCCAUUGGCACACAUGAAGGUCUCCACACUCUCACCAUUGGGCAACGAGCCAAGCUCCCCGGCCUCAAGCAGCGAUGGUUCGUCGCCGCCAAACGCGUGAGAAUGCUCACUGAGCCUAGUGAAAGCGAAGAGGCCGUGGGCGUGGGCGAGGCAAUCGUGGUACCAGGUAAUGACCACCCAUUACUACAGUGCGUCCACGUUGAGGUGCCAUCCUCAAGCUUUCAGUGGGUGUCGGCCAGUGGACCGCCAAGCGAGCUGGCUGAGGCAGGCGCAGGGCCAGAUCUAGGAGUACCUCUUCUUGCACAGCUCCGUCAUCGCUCCCCUGAGGUCCCUUGUCGCGUCUCGCUACGGCGCUCGCGCAUGUCAACGUCCGGCCCUCUGCUUCGCAUCACCUUCGACGUAGACGCUGACGGGAGGAGACCUACGGCCGUAUGCCCUGGCCAGACCUUGGCGCUGUACGAUGGACAGAGGUGCUUAGGCAGCGUUGUGGUGCCUGGGCCGGGAGAUGGGAAUGGUGAGGCCGUAGCGGUGGGGGCGGGAGGGGUUAAAACCGUUGCAGAGCUGCAGCAGUCGGUGGGCGAUGCGGAGGAGCAGACGGUGGCCAAGACCCUGUUGCAAGGGCAAUCUCCCGUCUAAAGCAGAGGGGUGUCCGCCAGAUCAUGCUCAGUUAGCGCGGCACCGCCUGUCUAGCGGCGUGCAACUUCUCGUCCUCAAUCGAAUACCAUUUUAGUCACCGAG